UCUGAACCCUUUCAUGUUUAACAAUAUCUUCCUAUAGCAGGGAGACCAGAAUUGAGUGCAGUAUUCCAAACGUGGACUAAUCAACUUCCUGUAGAGCCAUAAUAUGACAACCCGGCUCCUAUAAUCAAUGCUUCUUUUGGAGUUUUGAAGAAUGAAAGAUGAGGAGAGGAAGAGUAAAAGCCCAAAGUUUGAUUCAAGGAACUGUCUGGGUGAAAAAGGGGCUCUUGUGUCUGCCCUUGUUGAGCUGAAUCGUCGUGCUAAGUUGGAGUUGCCUACAUCAUGGGAGUAAUUGUGUACAGCAAGCAGUUUGACCAAUUUGUGUGUGGCAGAAUGUACAAGCCAGAGUUGGGGGUGGGUACUGUGGGAUUGAGGCAUCCCUUUCACCUCAUCAGUGGUUACCUUUUUGGUUGGAAUUGCUGCUGUCUGCGGAUGCAUUUCCUGUAACGUGUUGCAAGGGGACAGUCUUGCUUCAUUCAUCCAGUGGCAAGGAAUAGGAGCAAUGUUCAGUUUGUGAAUGCGCUUGGAGGAAUAUUCAAAUUAUACACAGCUGCCAGGCAGAUAAAGAUUAACUGGUCCACUUUAAGCCUGCAUCAUCAUCGUGAAGGCUGGAGCUGCUGUUGCCAUCUGGGAGAAAGAGAAAAACGGGGAAUCUUCACGCGGUAGAAGAGUGAAGAGAGCCCAGUGACCUUCAGUGCAUACCACAGAAGAGUGGUAGUUGAAAGCACCAAACAUCAUUACAUACAUUACCCCAAUCUUGCAUCGAUAAGCAUCAUCCCUGAUACAGGCAUUUAUCCAGACACAUGUAACAAUGGAAACGAAGAGCAAUUUCAAACUCUCAGUACUGGUAGAGCCAUCCUUGAGCCAUUCUGAAUAUCCAGUGUCUGAUAAACUGUCUUAAAGAAACAACACAAGUUUAAUGGCAGAAGGAGGACUCAACUGAGGGGGUGGGGUUGGUGCUUUGUAGAGGUUGAAGACUUCUGCCCCUGCUUCCCUCUUCAACAGUGUUGCUAUUCAUCAUGGCCAGCAAAAGAAAGUCUACAACUCCUUGUAUGAUACCGGCCAAAUCCCUGACCAUGCACGAAGCAGAAAUGGACAUUACUCCAGAAUACAACGAUGAUGAUGAAGCCUCGCCACAAGCAUUUCCUGUUGAGGACCUUUCUGCUAGCGAGGAGGCAUUCACAGUGAUCAGUAAUAAUGACGUUCAAGAACGUGGUGGUUUUGAAUGCAAGUACUGCAAUUACACAAGUCAGGACUACCACACAUUUACUGUGCAUAUAGAAUCAGAGCACUCUGACGCAAGUGUGGACCAACUUUACGUCUGUGUUGAGUGUAACUUCAGUGCCAAGAGUCAAGAGUCUCUGACAGUGCACAACACCCUGAGCCAUCCUAAUGAGGCCAACCUGAAAGUGAGUGUCAUAAAAAAGAACAGCCAGACAGUUCUUGAGCAGAGCAUCACUGAGACCAAAAACAAUGACGGAAAAGAAAAUGGAGAGGAAGCGGAAAUGCAGUCGGAAAUCUCCAUUAGCAAAACGCCUAUCAUGAAGAUGUUGAAGGCCAAGCCGGAAGGCAAGCGGAUCACCGUCUCUCAUGCUGGGAGGGAAGAAUCCAACGAUGAAGGAGGGGCGACUGAUGAGGCUGUGAAAAAGAAUGAGAGUGGGGAUGUAGUGGAGGUUCUGUCUGCCAAUGGUCUGACAACACCUUCUCAUACCGUCAAUGGAACAGCCGUCGUAUCUGUGCCUGUCCUGCAGGCGGGCGUGACACAGUUAGUCCCUGUCAUACAACGGCCAGCAUCCAACAACAGCUCUAGCCCUCUUCCCAAAGUCAUGAUCCCGUUGAGCAGCAUCCCUUCAUACAACGCCGCCAUGGACUCCAACAGCUUCCUCAACAACUCCUUCAACAAGUUCCCCUACCCUUCGAAGGCUGAACUAUGCUGGCUGACUGUGGUGACCAAGUACCCGGAGGAACAGCUCAAAAUCUGGUUCACUGCCCAGCGGCUGAAGCACGGCAUUAGCUGGACGCCGGAGGAAAUCGAGGACGCCCGCAAGAAUAUGUUCAACACCAUCAUCCAGAGUGUGCCUCAGCAGACCAUCACGGUGCUGCCCACCCAGGUGACCCAUGCCAAUGGAGGGCAGCAUGUGCUGCAGGCCAACUUCCCUUGCCAGUUACUGACCCAGGGGGGCAACAUUGUGGUCACCCAGCCUGGCGGGGUGGUGAAGGGAGCCACCAUGUCGGGCGCUCCAGUUGCGGUCAGCCUCGCCACCCUCCCCAAACCGCAGAACUCCUCCAAGUUUCAGGUACAGAAGGCAGGGGGCUCGGUAGUUGGUUCCAAUGUCAAGAUUUUGGCCGCUCCCCCCUCGACAGCGGUCCAGCCGGGGGCAGCCGCCGUCACGUCCAGCCACCUCUCCACCACCAGCCUGAUUUCGGAGUUCGGCACCUACAAGUACAAGAAAACGAAGGAGCAGCUGGCCGCCUUGAAGCAGAGCUUCCUGCGGAAUCAGUUCCCGGAGCACGAAGAGGUCGACCGGCUGGUGAGGGUCACCGGGCUGCAGGGCAAAGAGAUCCGCAAGUGGUUCAGCGACCGACGCUACAACUACAAGAACCUCAAGUGCAACCAGCCCUUCGACGCCGGCACCGCCAACGCCGUUUCCGUCGAGCCGGCCCCUGAGGAGACAUCCACCCCGCCGCCUCCACCUCCGCCGGCUGGCCCCCAAUCGUCGCCGGCCCCCCAGGCCCGCCGCCAGUGGCAGACCAGCUCCGACUUCACCCCACCCAAGUUCAAGGGCAAGUCGGCCGAGCAGCUGAGCGCCCUGGAGCACAGCUACGCGCAGAACCCCUUCCCGGCCGAGGAAGAAGUCGACCGGCUGCGGGCUGAGACCAAGAUGACCCGGCGGGAGAUUGACCUCUGGUUCGCCGAACGGCGGAAAGCCAAGCCCGACGACAGAGCCGCCAAGGCCCGGCGGCGGGCCGAGGAAGGCGGCGGGCGGGCGGACGCCGACUCCGGCGAGGAGGAGGAAGCGGAGGAGGACGAGGACGACGACGACGAGGAGGAGGAAGAGUCGGACGGCGAGGGGACGCCAAGCGACAGCAGCUCGGUGGACAUGAAGCGGUUGAUCGUGGCCCCGGAGAGGCUCAAGGUGAGCCCCUUGAAGGUUUGCGCGAGGGACGGCUCGGGCACGUGCGGGCCGCAGCCCAAGGCCGGCAAAGCGUCGCAGCCGCCGGGCGCGUCGCCGCCCAACCCGGUCAAGUACAAAGGCCAGAACAAGAAGACGGUGCACCAGCUGCACCUGAUGAAGCUGCAGUUCAUGCGGACCCAGUGGCCGACCGUUGAGGAGUAUGACGAGCUGGCCAUUAAGUCGCGACUGCCGCGCACCGAGGUCGUCCGCUGGUUCGGCGACGCGCGCUACGCCCUGAAGAACGGCCAGCUGAAGUGGUACGACGACUACAAGAAGGGGAUCUACGCCAUCCGCUCGGGCAGCAACAGCCUGAUCAGUGACGUACCAUGUGACGGUUACCGGCCCAAACGGACGCCUUCGAAAAAGGGCGGGAAGGCGGUGCUGUUCGAAUACUACACGCAGCACCGCGCGCUACACGAGGAGGACCUCGACCGCCUUUGCGAGCGCUCCAGCAUGAGCUACGAGCAGGUCCGUGACUGGUUCGCCGAGAAGCAGACCGAGGACGCCAUGUACAUGUCCGACUUCAGCAACGAGGACCAGCAGUCGACCAACGGCGAGGCCGACAGGGCCGAGAAGGCCAGGGGAGCGCCGCGCUUGACGGCCUCCGCCUCAGCCGCCUCCUCGGCCUCAGCCGCCGCCGCGGUGGAGGAGGCCUACUCGGACGUGACGGACAACAGCGACAACUGGGAUGCGCCGUCGACGCGGGAGGGCCAAGCCGAGCUGAACGAGUUCGACACCGAGAACGUCUCCGAAGCAGAAUGAUGCGAGGUGGCCACCUUCAAAGAAAAGGAAUGAUGCUGUGGUUUAUUUCUGGCUGAAGAAAGUCUUCGACUGUUUUGGGGCCUAAAUCUGCCUGUCGCUGCUACUCGGACUGAUCAAAUGCUGUUAUGGGAGACUGCAGCUGUGGUUCAAACACUUGGUUUUAUGUGUGUGUGCGUGUGUGUCAUGGCACUGUUACUGUAAAUAGACAGUGACAUAACUGAUGCAGGAAGGACAAGGUGCCCACCUGCAUUUUUAGCACCCAGCAGUUGCCACAGUCAAAGAAUUCACUUCAGUGCACGAAGCUCUUUGUAAGUGACCGGUCAAAGAGCAAACUUUUAACAUGUUUGUAAAAUUAUGUCAUUUAUCAGGUGAAUCCAUAUUGAGAUAAUUGUGAUGGUGGUGGUGCUGACGUUCGAUGUUUGAAACAGAGCCAAGCACUGAGAUAUUCUUGUUGGGCCAUCAUUCCUCAUCAGGAAGAAACCUGUUUGUAAAAUCAUUUCCUAAAUCUCUGCUUGCACAAGGAAUGAGACCAGCAUCAGUUUAAUUUUUACUUUCUUGAUAUUUAACCUGUUUUUUUCUACUUCCCUCCCCUGAACCAUUUUCCCCCAAAUCUCCCAUUCCCCCUCAUUUUGUAUCUGUGCUUCAGAUGGCACUUUAUGUAUGGAACAAUGGGCAAUUAAACCAAUUCCCAUCUACAGAUAGCAAUGGCAAUUAAUGGCUGUGUGGCAAAGUACAGCAUGCACCAAUAAGUGAAUUAUCAGCCACAAAGUAGAGAGUAACCUUGCAGGACAUGUUAGUGCAAGGACAGUGAAGUGAGGCGGUUAGAUCCCCUGAUCUUAAUGACAUCUCUUAAUGUCAAUAGAGCUCUUGAACCGGGUUUAAAAAAACAUUAAGCAUUUCUUUUAGAGCCUCAUGCCACUCACUUUAUGUGGGACAGGAUAUACCAAAAUGGCAUUUACAAGAAGCAUUAUUUUGGAAAGUAAUUUUUACUAGGGUUACAAUGUAACUGGAUUCACUUGGAUGUCCAGUUAAGCAUUUGGUAUUUAAGCAGCAACAAAUAGGUUCACAUUUUAUUCAGUGGCAUGAACAAGGGGCUAGUUCUGUGCUCGACAGAAUGGGAAUUGCCCAGGAAAUAACAUGCAGGCAGGACUGUAUUAAGUUAAAAAAUAUGUAUAUGUAAUGUGGGUGUGUGUGUGUGUAUUAAACAGUUAUUGUCCCUAUGAGAAACCAAAAAGAUAUAAUUUUUUUUGCUAAAGGCAGGUCUUUAUCAAAAGACUCGAAAAAGAAAGGAAGGAUCUGUGAGAGGGGAGAGAGAUAGUAGGAUCUGCCAAUGCUGGAGAAUCUGAGAUAACAAGGUGUAGAGCUGGAUGAACACAGCAGGCCAAGCAGCAUCAGAGGAGCAGGAAAGCUGACGUUUCGGGUCUGGACCCUUCUUCAGAAAUCUGUGAGAUGGGAUCUGUUUGGGUUAUGGUAGGACACAUGGAAAAAUGAGCAGGUUUUAAGGCAGAACUGUUGGAUUAUCAGAUUGGUGCUACUGAGAAGCUAAAGCUGGGAAAGAUGGUUCUAGACUUAUUGCACUCAGCUAGCCCUUUCUUCUGAUUGCUGAAUGUAUUCCGUAGUUGAUGUUUGACCGAGAGAUAACCCUGCUUUCAUGCAAAACUAAAACUUGUUUCUGUGAAGAAACUGGUGGGGAGGCAGGUACAUGAAGGGCUUUUGCACCAUGAGCCCUUAAUUUACCAGAUUAGAUUCUCAAAUGAUUUAAUAGUUGUUGCUGAUGGCAACAUUUUUCUUCUUUGGUUAACCAUUAUCUGGUCUUUUCAAAAGUAAUUCUUAUAUUUUCAGAUCCCUUCUUCUUUCUAGAUAAUGGGAUGGAAUUAGUAAUUAUGGAACUGUUGCCCUUCUUUAAAUGUUUUAUUGUAAGGCUGACAGCAUUUCCUGGUGAGUUGCCUUUGUCUGUUUCUAUGUGAUUGUGUUGGAUAAAGACAGUUCCCUCCUAUAUUUGUGAAAUUCAGCGGCAAUAUUUGAUUUGAAGCUUUAGUCAUAAUUUUGAUGCUUUUAGUUGUUGGUAGAGUAAAACGCCCCUUGGCAGAGCAAAUCUUAUGUCACUCCACAUCCUUUUAGUAAACCAGCAGUUCAUCUAAUCCACAAUGAGAAUUUUAUCAAAAUAGCAAUCAAGAUUAUUGCUAGAAUUGCAACAUGUUUGAAUUCCGUUGUCAACAAUUGGAAUUUAAAGCUACUUUUGUCAGAAACCCAAAUCCAGUUCUGAAAGUCAUGCAGUUUUGGAUUGAGGAUUAAUUUUACUUGCAACAGUAAGAUUUCCUUCAAAGGCAGUUGGUCUAGUGAGGUUGUGGAAUGGGUAACUCAAGUAUACAGAUGAACAAGGCUGCUAGGUUUUUCCCACGCCACCCAGUCAAAGCUCGGACUUUCGUAGAUGGCUACAAUUUGAAGCCUAGUGUUCAAGAGGGUAAUGACACUCAAUAUUUCACCUCUGGGUUACUAUUCAGUGAUUCUCUGUCGGAAGUACAUAAUUACACGUUUCAAUGAGGGUGGAUCCUGAUUAUAUGUUCUUUCUUUCCUCCCCACGCAUCUGCUGGGACUAAUGUGCAGGCAUAGUGACAUACUGAUAUCAGUAAAAGCCGUCAUAAAUAUGUCACGUCGUUGUAAAACAAAAUGUCCUUUAGGGCAGGGAACUUUGCUAUCCUUAGCCAUUCUGUCCAUUGGGUGACUCCAGUCCUGGGUCAAUUGACUGCCCCUGAAGCAGCCUCACAGUCUGUUGUGUCAAUCUGUUUCACUUAAGGACGCACCACUGCCAUUACGAUCACGUUCUGGCAUCAUCUAAUGAUGGAUAAUAAAAUGCUUGCUGCUCAGCAAUGCCAACUAUGAUUAAAAAUCCAAAAUGGCCACCUUGGCAAGGUUUAUGGUCAACCAUAGAAAGCUGGCUGUUGAAGAGUCACUUGCUUCAUGAGGGGGAGAAAUUGGGAAGGAAAGACCAAAGCCUUGCAGGCACGUCAGACCAACCGGUCUUAUUUUAAGCUGGGAACAAACUAAGAUAAAUAUGAAACAGCAAGCAGGCGGUUGUGCCACUUACAACCUUUUGGUAUGUAACAGAUUAUGGAUGAAAUGCCUGCUUAUACUGGUCAACAAGAAAAUGCACUACACUUUAAAGUGACGCUCACCAUCACCGAAAAAUUAGACAUAUAAGAGGAAUGAAUUGAGUUGGCCAUCUGAGGUGUGCUUUGGUGAAGGAGGUACGUUAUGCCUCCCGCCCUAUAUUUUUAAUACUGAUGGGAAGUAUGAUUAUCAGAGGAAGUGAUGUAGUAUGACAUGGCAUUUAGUUUAAAGGAGAAAAUAAAGCUUUCUGUAAUAUAUUAGGGAAUUAACGUAGGGAAUGCUUGGGAGUAAGUUACAAGACUGAAGGCUAAUUAAGGGGAUUGACUUAUAUAUAUUUAUUAAUCUCCAUUGAACCCUGACAUUAAUUUCUAGCACUUGUUUAAUGAUCAAGGAAAGAAAGUUUUCAUUUAUUCCUCCCCGAAUUUUACAUUUCUUUCAGUGUUCUGACAACCACAUUCUUAAAAAGAAUUUAUGUGAUGUGGGCUUCACACGGAAGGCCACUCUUUGUUGCAUGUCCCUAAUUGCCCUUGAAUCAGGUGGCUACUGUUUAGAGUAAGUUAAGAAUCAGCCACAUUGGAAAGACAUUAUUACUCAUUCCUAAUUGCCCUUGAGAAGUUGUUGGUGAGUUUCUUAUUGACUACAACUCAGUGGCUUGCAAGGUCUAUUUGGAGUGCAGGAAAUAGUCAAUGCCAUGACAUUGUCGCCCUGUCUUUAACUGGAAAAUGAUUGGUGAAGCAUUUCCGCCAAAUCCUAUGCACACUACAGUGUUCACAAUGAUGGAAAAAAAGCCACAGGCUCUUUCUGUAUAAAUGGUUUUGGCCUUUUUCUUUCCAUACCUAUACCUGAUGGUAUGGAAUUGGAAUAAAUAUAAACAAGAAUAUGAGCAAAGCAGUUUUAAACUCUAAGAGCAAUAGAUUCCUGGAAAAGUUAGCAAAUAAAGAAGUUCUGAAUUGUUCUUCACUGUUGGUGAACAGCAUUAUGUCUGUUAGUAAGCACACUUGCGUAAAUCUCACUCCUUUGUCAGCAUAUCCUUGCUCUGUUAUUCAAUAUUUUUUACAGAUCAAAUUGUUUAAAAUUCACUAAUUUGAACUGCAAACAUCAAAAUCAGGCUGGGCUUUUCGCCAGCAGCUUGUUCAGUGCAGUUAAACUCUGAUCUGGUAAAUUACAUUCAGCAAAAUAUACCCCCAGGGUUUGUCUUUUAUUCAACACUAUUUGGUAAUCUUAACAAGAUAUUGCAGUUGGCUUUGGUGUUCCUGAACAAGGAUGGGGAAACAGCUUUUUGCAGGUUUCCUCUGCCUGAUUCCAGUUGUCUAUGCUGGAACAUAUGGACAUGCAGAUGCUGAAUAAAGUUCGAAUGAGUUCAGUAUUUAUUCACUCUCCUUCUCUGGCUGAACAAACUAUCUCAACAAUUUUUAUUUGUGUAAUGUCUAUGAGGUAGAUAAACAUCCCUCCACAGGAGUGUAACCGUACAAAAUGUAGCUCCAAGGCACAUAAAAAACAAAUAGGUGACAAAGGAGUGUGGUGAAACAGGUGUGCUUUACGAACGGUCUUAAAGAAAGUAGUAUGAUUCAGGGAAUUCCCAAGCCGUUGGCCUAAGCAAAUGGAAAAUGGUUUUAUUGAGGCACCAGAUGGACAUUUUGGCUCACCAGAAAUGUGUGACUUGUAUAGAUCAGCAUAGUACACUUCAGCAGCAGUAUACUGCUGUACAAUAUACUGGAUGGGUAGUGAGGGGGAAGGGGGUGGUGUGGAAUAUGAAACAUUUCACUUUUUAUUUUAAGUUGUUAAGCAUGCAUGUUCUGUUCUGUUCUGCUCCAGGAUGCUGUUGAUUGCUAAUGGCCUGGUUUUGUCUUUAUAGCUGAGCAGUUGCCUUGUGCUUUCAGGGAGAGAAACUUCUGCCAGCUUCCUCCUGCUGUCUGUAUACUGUGUCAUUGUGUGAGGAUCUGCUCAGUCUCACUUGAUAGCCAGCUUUAGUCCAUUAGCAAUUGUGUAAUACGGUGAUGCCAAAUGGCUGUGAUGUUGCAUUGCUCUUGUGUAUGAAUCCAAAUGCCUUUUGAUCGUCUAUGUGCUUUUAUUUUAAUUUGAACUUGAGUUUUGAAUCUGAAAACUAAGUUGCUGUGGAUACCACUGUUUUGUUUCAUUCUCUCUCCAACCUGGUAAGGGAGACCAUGAUGGUUGCUGGUUCUCACAAACCCUUCCUCCUUGCCUUAGAACAGCUCCCUUCCCAUACCCCUAAAAAAGCCUGAAAGAUUUUGUAUUCAGUGUUAUUUGCGUAAAAUCCAAGUAUUAAAACACUGUGACAUUUAGCCCCGCAAAGUUGUGAUUCAUAGGGGUGAAAUUGUUGCGUUGCGUGUAUGUCUGGAGAGGCUGGGGGCAGAGCGGUGGAGGCGGGGAGCAGCACUACAUAUUGUAUAUAUUGAACGUCAUUUUAGGUUUGCUUGCAAAAAUGACAAAGGUAAUGUAGUGUUUUAAUUGAGAAUAGUGUAUUUGCUCCUUUGUCCGUUUUGUUUGAAAGUUAGCCACAACUUUGCAGUUCUAGGAAAUAAAUAUGUACCAGACUAAUACAACCCUCUUACACAGGAGUGUCAGAACAUGGAGUAGUCAGUUUAGUUUCUUCUGCCCACCUGCUAGAUUCUGGGUGAUGUGCAGCUCAAUUCCUCUGAAAUAUGUUCAUCCCACACUCACUCACCUAGUAAAAAUCUACUGACCGCUAUCUUGAGAACAUCAAUUUUGAGGGAAAGAAUUCCACACUUCCACUACCUCGUAUGUGGAGGGAAAAAAAGGUGCUUCUUAAUUUCACUCUAUCUCUAAUUUAAAUAUUUUGUCUUCUGUCCUUGAUUUCUCCCACCAGAGAAUAUCAUUUCCCUUUAUAUCUGUUCAAAUCCAUUAAUUAUUUUGAACACUUUGAUGAGAUUGCUCCUCAAGUAUCUAAACUCAAGGGCAUAUAGGCUGUGAUUGUGUGCCUCCUAAUCAUUUUAUCAUUCAACCCUAGCAACAUUCUGGUGUGCUAUAUCCAGUCCAAUGCCAAUAUCUCCUUCUUAAGAUCAGAGCCUUAUACAAAAAUUGCCUACUUCAUAUCCAACUCACAGCCCAUGCUACAAGAUACUUCCUACUUUAGUGGGCUUUUAUUUCUGUUCACACAUUGUGCAUAAUCUUUUCAAAUGGCUUGUGGCAGUCCACCAUAAUAAUGAAUUCUAUAUUUUGUUUUUUCUCUAUAAGUCACCACCAAAUCACUUAUUCCUAAUUAAAAUAACAAGCACUACUCACUAUGGGCAGUACAGCAGUAUAAGAUUAGGAGAAGGUAGAAAGAGAGGGAGACAAAUAUAAUGAACUCUUGAUACAAUGUCACCUAAAUUAGACAGUUAAUUUUACCAGUCCACCUUGAUUCUUUUGUUGUGUCCCUGAUAAUAGAUUCCAUUCUCUCCAGAAUUAACUGGUCCAUAGCUUCUUGGUUUCAUUAAUACUUAGUUGAGUGGGAAUUUACACUUUUUCAAGUUGAAGCCACUAUAUUCAAACUUGCAUUACACUGGGAAAUUCUGACCAAUGAAUCUACAGUUGCUGCACCUUUUCCUUUAAUACCAUAUGUUGGAAUCAAUCAAUUUCUGUAACUUAUCUAAAGUCCUAUUAUUUUACCCAGUACACUUUUAUAAUUUGUACUAAAUUGAUAAAUUCCUCCCCAGGCCACACUUUUAGGUUCUCUUUUGAACCUUUGGCAUUUGUCCUUUCCUCAGUGGACACUAGAUGUUCAUUUAAUGCAGUCUUUCAUUCUAGUCUUACCCGCAUCUGUCAUUGAUGGCGGCAUUCUCCUUUACCACUCCUCUUUUUUUACUGUGCUAAAAGAAAUGCUGUUAGCUUUGGUAUUUUUCCACAACUUCCUUUGAAAUCCAUUGUUGCUUUUUUGAGCUCUGCCAGUCAGCCUUUUUGGACUCAUAAGUUUGUCUGCUUGUGUGAUGACUAGUCACUGGAUUGUCAGCUUUUCCAACUGUGGUGCAAUGUCUUAUGCCAGAGAGGGUGCAGCCACCAGGAGACAGCAUUAUCAAAUCUACUGAUGGUGGCUGAGAUGGACAAAUCCCGUAGAAUGAUAUCAAGGCACACUUCACUGAGUACUGUUAUUUUGCACUUGGUAAUGACAUUAUACCCAGAUGGAAUGAAUUUUGAGCUUUUUCUGUUUGAUUUACUUUUCAUUAACACUGAGUUAUAAUUGUCUACAUGUUGAGCUCCUUGUUCCUCAAGGCAAGAACUCUUAUCUCAGAAAGAGUGAGGAAGGAAGAGCAAUUGAACAUGGAAAAAGAAGGCACUUCCUAAUGUUCAAGCCCUUUGCACACAGUUACUCCAUCGAAUGUCUCCGGUACAAACUUUUAAUAGAAGAAAAGAUUCUGGGGAUGUUGACUUGGAUUCUUCAUAGUAAGUUAUUAAAUAAAACAAUCCUGGGAUGAAGCUGACCGUUGCACCUUCCCUACCCUGUCAACCCCAGGAAGCUGCUAAAGCAAAGUGUAUUGCCAAGGCCUUGGAACUACCCUUUGAUGAUAGGCUGUAGGAACCAGCAAAAGCAGUCAAUAGUGAAUCUUGCCCUCAAAUGGAUUUGAUCAUCGUUGAAUUGUAAAAUGCAUCCUCCAACAGCUGUGUUUGUGUAUUUUAUAUUACUAGUAUACUUUGAUCUAUUAAAUUGAAAAAAAAUGCUAAAUUAUUUGAUUAAAAUUUUCAAAUAAA